AACACAUCACAAUUAUCCAUUAAAUCUUAAACCAUGGAAACUGCAUUUCAACGUCGGUCUACCUUCAAUAAAAAUAAGUAUAACGCCAUCAGAGGCUCCACAGGAAGCAAGGGCUUAACAGCAGCUAUCACAGUACCCCUAUUCUGUUCUGUCAAUUAUAAGCUUUGAUUAUUGAUUAGUGAUGAAGUGAAGGUAGGGUAAUAAUGGAUACCGAGCUUCAACGGCCUCUCUCCUUUCGCUUAAGCCGUAGAGGAGAACGUAAUAAUCAACACCCGUAUGCUACAGGUGAACAAAAUCCAUAGUAUCUUUUCUUCACAUAUGUUGAUGGAAUAAAAAUUUGGGUUAUGAUUAUGGCAUUGGUUUAUGUUGUACUUAUUAUAUCUUUGUAUUCUUUAAAAUGGAGGGUAAUUUUUGUAAUUGUUACAUGUUUUGGUUUAUGGAUUAUGAUCAUUGGAAUCACUUGAUGAGAUGUAGAUAUGCAGAUUCUGAUUGUCUUGAUGCAGAUGAUGGAGGUGGUUUUCUUUCUUCUAGGAGAUUGCCUCAAGAUAAUCCCAUCAAGAUCAUGUGGAAGCAAGGCUUUAUUCGAUUGGUUUUUGUCGCAGGCAUUCUAUGGAUGUUGGUUAUUCUUGUUGGAUUACUAUUUCAUGUUUUUUCUUGCCAAUCUUCGUUUUCUUUCUUUUCAGCUAUUUGUAACAAAGAGAGCAAGGUAUUCAUCUCGAAGGACUUGCAUGGAUUGACUCCAAAAGCAGAACAUCGUUGUCCAAUUCCAUUAGCCAGUGACCCUGAGAAAAUAGUUAUUCCAGAUGGAAAAACACCAGAUGUAAUUGUUAAAGGUUUAACCUAUAUUGAGGAAGAGGAUUUGGUUAACAAUGGAUCUCAUACCUUCCCAUUAUUUGGAGGUAACCAAAGCUGGCUGCAAAGAGAAAAGAGUUUCAAAUUAAAGCCUAAUAUGAAGGUACACUGUGGAUUUCUGCGAAAUGGGGGUGCUAACAUGAAUCCUGUAGAUAUUGAAUAUGUCAAGAAAUGUAGGUUUGUGGUUGCAUCUGGGACUUUUGAUGGAUAUGAUGUACCUCAUCAACCAUCAAAUAUAAGUAUUCGUUCUAAGAAGCUCUUCUGUUUUCUGAUGGUUGUUGAUGAAGUAUCUCUCAAGUUUAUUAAAAAGAAUGUGACCGUCAGGAAAGAUAGAGAUAAGGGGAUGUGGGUAGGCAUAUGGAGGCUUAUCCCAUUGAAGCAUCUACCUUAUGAUGAACCUAGAAGGAAUGGGAAGGUUCCCAAAAUUUUAACCCACAGGUUAUUCCCUGAAGCACAGUACAGCAUAUGGAUUGAUGGUAAAAUGGAGCUGAUAGUUGAUCCAUUGCUUAUUCUCGAAAGAUACUUAUGGCAUGAUAAACAUACUUAUGCGAUUGCUCGGCACAAACAUCAUAAGAGUAUAUAUGAGGAGGCUGAUGCAAACAAACGGAGAAAGCGAUAUGCCAGACCUCUUAUUGAUCUGCAGAUGAAUAUAUAUUACUAUGAGGGAAUGGAGCCAUGGAGUUUGAAGAAAAAUACUAUUAGUGACGUGCCUGAGGGAGCCAUAAUUAUAAGGGAACAUACUGCUCUGAAUAAUUUGUUCAAUUGCUUGUGGUUCAACGAAGUCAAUCUCUUCACACCAAGAGACCAGCUUAGCUUUGGUUACAUUGUUUACAGGUUAAGGGGCUUGUUUAAGUUCUUUAUGUUUCAGAAUUGCGAGUACAAUUCACUAUUUGUCUUGCACCUGCAUACUCGAGAGCAUUCUUCUAAAGUAGAGUGGAUUAAAAGUUUGAGCGAAUUUAAGGGAAAUGGUAGUAGCAUGAAAGAGAGUCUGAGGCGGAUUUGGCUUGUGGACUCCCUAUCCAAAGAAUCUUGAUUCCGUUAUCCUCCCACCAGUGGUAAGAACAUCAAAAGCAGGCUGAUGUUUCUCAUUAGCUAGUUAUUCUUACAUCUUUCGAAUUUGAAACAAUUAUUGAAUGAGUUCUUUUAUGGAUCCAUCCCUGCUUAACAUGGAUGCUCUUGUAAACUACUGUAUAUAGUAGAUGGGAAACAAAGAAAGUUGUAUCCUGAAUAUGAUUUGUUUUGAAGUUAGCUGUUAUUGUUUCAGCCUUGCA